CUCUUCGGAGCUACAGGAACCGGGCCGGGGCGAAGCCUUCUCGACGGACAGAUCUUCAAUUUCCAAUGCGGCUGUGAUCGCUGGUCAUAUUUAUUAUUUUUUUUACGGUUUGGAUUAAAAGUCUUCUAGUAAGAAGUUCUGACUGUCAUGGCGACCUACCAAGAGUUCAUCCAACAGAACGAAGAUCGUGAUGGGAUACGAUGCAGUUGGAACCUCUGGCCUUCCAGCCGCCUGGAGGCCACACGGCUAGUGGUUCCUGUUUCCUGCCUCUACACACCUCUCAAAGAAAGACCAGAUCUGCCUCCGGUCCAGUACGAACCGGUACUGUGUAGCCGGGCCAGCUGCAAAGCCGUACUCAACCCACUCUGUCAAGUGGACUUCAGAGCAAAGAUAUGGGCCUGCAACUUUUGUUUCCAGAGAAACUCUUUUCCUCCAUCAUAUGCUGGCAUUUCAGAUGUGAAUCAGCCAGCAGAACUAAUGCCUCAGUUCUCCACCAUUGAGUACAUAGUGCAGCGUGGACCUUCAACCUCUCUCAUCUUCCUGUACGUGGUGGACACAUGUUUGGAAGAAGAAGACCUACAGGCCCUGAAAGAGUCUCUGCAGAUGUCCCUUAGCCUCCUGCCGCCCAACGCCCUGGUGGGUCUCAUCACAUUCGGCCGCAUGGUUCAGGUCCAUGAGCUCAGCUGUGAAGGCAUCGCCAAGAGCUACGUCUUCCGGGGUACAAAAGAGCUCACGCCGAAACAGAUACAGGAGAUGCUGGGCCUGAUGAAACCAGCCACCUCUGGACAACAAGGGAAACCACUAGCCCCACAUGACACUGCAGCUUCCUGCAGAUUUCUGCAGCCUGUGCACAAAGUGGAUAUGAACCUAACAGACCUGCUCGGGGAGCUUCAGAGAGACCCCUGGCCUGUUCCCCAAGGAAAGAGACCUCUCCGCUCCACAGGCAUCGCCCUCUCCAUUGCUGUUGGACUGCUGGAGGGUACUUUUCCAAAUACUGGAGCUCGUGUGAUGCUGUUUACCGGUGGCCCCCCAACUCAGGGUCCUGGCAUGGUGGUGGGAGAUGAAUUGAAGACUCCCAUUCGCUCCUGGCACGACAUCCAGAAAGACAACGCCCGGCAUCUGAAGAAGGCUACCAAGUAUUACGAGGCUCUGUCAAAUCGUGCCGCAGUUAACGGACAUGCCGUUGACAUCUACGCCUGUGCACUGGAUCAAACGGGACUACUGGAGAUGAAAUGUCUGUCCAACCUCACAGGUGGACACAUUGUCAUGGGCGAUUCCUUCAACACAUCUCUGUUCAAGCAGACCUUCCAAAGAGUCUUCACCAAAGACUACAAUGGAGAGUUCCGCAUGGCUUUUGGCGGCACUUUAGAAGUUAAGACAUCAAGGGAGCUGAAGGUCUCUGGUGCAAUCGGCCCAUGUGUGUCGCUCAACACCAAAGGAGCAUGUGUUUCAGAAAAUGAAAUGGGUGUCGGAGGAACAUGCCAAUGGAAGAUUUGUAGUCUUACGCCUUCCACCACCCUGGCCAUGUAUUUUGAAGUAGUUAAUCAGCACAACGCCCCGAUCCCUCAGGGUGGACGAGGAGCUGUUCAGUUUGUAACUCAGUACCAGCACUCGAACACACAGCGACGGAUCCGUGUCACCACCAUCGCCAGAAAUUGGGCUGAUGCACAGUCCCAGAUCCAGCAUAUUGAGUCAUCAUUCGAUCAGGAAGCCUCUGCCGUUCUUAUGGCCCGGCUUGGCGUAUUCAGGGCGGAGUCAGAGGAGGGGCCUGAUGUCCUCCGCUGGCUGGACAGGCAGCUCAUUCGAUUGUGUCAGAAGUUUGGACAGUUCAAUAAAGAGGAUCCAAACUCCUUCAAACUCUCUGAAUCACUCUCACUCUACCCACAGUUUAUGUUCCAUUUGAGAAGAUCACCAUUCCUGCAGGUGUUCAAUAACAGUCCGGAUGAAUCAUCCUACUACAGACAUCAUUUUGUGAGACAGGAUCUGACACAGUCACUCAUUAUGGUACAACCCAUCCUCUACUCCUACUCUUUCUACGGACCACCAGAGCCUGUGCUUCUGGACAGCAGCAGCAUUCUUCCAGAUCGCAUUCUGUUGAUGGACACCUUCUUCCAGUUGGUGAUCUACCAUGGAGAGACCAUUGCACAGUGGAGGAAAGCAGGUUAUCAGGAGAUGCCCGAGUAUGAGAACUUUAAGCAGCUGCUUCAAGCUCCUCUGGAUGAUGCUCAGGAGAUCCUGCAGACACGCUUUCCCAUGCCCAGAUACAUCGACACCGAGCAUGGAGGUUCUCAAGCCCGUUUCCUCCUCUCUAAAGUCAACCCAUCCCAGACCCACAAUAACCUCUAUGCCUGGGGCCAGGAGUCAGGAGCACCAAUCCUCACUGAUGAUGUCAGUCUGCAAGUUUUCAUGGACCAUCUCAAGAAACUGGCCGUUACCAGCUCAGCCUAAAUCUUCCAUGUACGAACAAAGGAUGUAAAUUUAGAGUGGAAAGAACUUUUGAUAUUCCGUUCUGGAAAACGUAACAUUUCCAUACCCAACCCCGGCCUUGACACAACCAAAUGCAUCUCCAUGUUUCCAUCCUCCAGCUAAAUGGUUGUUAGAUGUUCGCAAAUUAUUACUCUCAUAAGUAAUUAUGAUUGUUUAAUUUAAGUGUUUGUCUUUAUUUUCUAUAUUUUAGAUUUGUCUAACAUGUUUGUUUGCUUAUUUAAUUAUAUUAGGUUUUGUUUUCGUCUAAAAGAAUGUAUUACUUUUCAUGUUAAACCAAGAGAAAGUCUUCUGCCCUCAUGUUGCAUUUGUAAUUCUAUCCCAGGCGUGUUUAGACUGAAAUUUCAAUUAAGACUUGUUUGUGAAUAUCCUAUUUUUGUCUUUUUUGUUUUGUAUUACACAGGCCAGCAGUCUUCUCUUACUCUCAUCAUAAACUGUUAACUGCUAUUAGUUUAAGUCGGGUGGGAGAAAAAGUGUUUUUCAUUCCAGUUCCUCUGGAUUUGUAAUUUAACCAUUGUUGUAUGUAAAGAAUUAAUUUGAAAGAAACUCACAUUCCAGUUGAUUUUUACUAUUAUGAACUAAUGCAAUGCAUAAUAUUUAUAGUGAGGAAUCUCUUUUAGGUUUAUUUCAUUUCAAAAGAUGAAGAUGAGCACAUGUGUGUGCAAACUCUGAACUUAAUCUUAAAUAAAACGUAACAAAUCAACAUGAUAAAAAGCAUUUGUACAUAUGAUGAAAUGGUGGUGUCAUCAGAAUUUCAAAAAGAAUAUCUUUAAACUCAGUGCAUCUCAUUUAUUUCUAAGGACUCACAAUGUUUUAUAACUUUCUAUCUAUUGAUAGAUAACUUGGGAACAUAUGUUAGACAAUGACGAAGACGAACGUGCUGAAGAAACCUGUGUUCUGAGUGCUAUCUUAGCACAUAAAGGUCAGGAGUCAGGCGCACUCUAGUGGCCGUGACCAGAACCCUUCUACAUAGUGGAGCCUGCAAGCUUGGCAUAAAAUAUCAUAAUGCGGCGUUGCCAUAGACAUUAUAUGGGCGGUACACUGGCAAGGAGACAAGUGGCCGUACUUUUUGAAUGCAACCAGGGGAGUAUUUAAACCUUUAUUUUAUUUACUUAUUUGAGCUUGAAAUUUUUUUUUUUUUUUUUUUUUACUUUUCAUAUGAAUAUUUUCUCAAAUACUGAACCAAUCUUCAUAAAUUAUAUACCGUUUGAAACCUUAAAGUCUCAAUAAUCAAACUGUGCUGUCCAGUUAAAAAAAUAAACAAAGACUAUUUUUGUCAAAGUUUAGCAUUUUGUUUGAGGUUAUUUUUGUCAGUUUACAUACCUGAAAUGAAUAGAACAAGUAAUAACCUAAUUUAUCCCUAGUUGCAACAAGCUGUGUGUGAGUAUGUGUAUUCAACAUUGCAGAUAUGUUGUGUUACCAAUUCGUUUUGGUGUGUGUUUGUUCUGCAUUGAUUUAUUUAUUUUGUUGGCAAAUAAUAAAAAUAAAAAUAAAA